UCCCCAAGUGCCACCCUGUGCCACCCCAGGGGUCCCGCCUUUGUCCUGUGUCCUUUUGGGGUCCCCUGGGGUCCUUUCCUGUCCCCCCCGUGUCCCCCCCUGCCGGUGACCUCGCGGUGUCCCCAGGGGGGUGGGGGCCGUGGGGGAGGGGCAGCGUGUGACGCCGUUUUUGGGGUGUCCCCAGGGGGGGGGUCCCGGGCUCGCGGCUGGUGCUGGAGGUGGGGGAGGGGCGGCUCUGCAUCCUCCCCCGCCCGGGGGGGGUCCGGGGGCCUGUCCCGGGCCUGCGCCGACGCCCGGAGCCUCGUCCUGCUGCACGGCCCGGUGCCGGAGGAGGGGGAGGGGCCGCCCCCCCCCCUGCACCCCACCCUGGUGCCCUGGGAGGAGCCCGCGCCCCCCCCCGGGGUCCCCCCGCCCCCCCGGAUGUUGGCGCUGGCGCUGGGCAGCCGCCUGAGCCCCCGCGGGGACAGCAAGGAGCUGGAGGUGGCCGUGGCCCUCGAGGGGGUGAUGCUGCGGCACCGCCCCGACCCCCCCGGGACCCCCUGGUACAGCCAGCUGCUGGCCCUGCUGGCCCUGGAGGACGAGCCGGUUUUGGGGUACGUGGCCCCCACCCCCCUGACCCAGCUGCACCUGCACCUGCAGCGCUGCGCCCUCGACUACAGGCCGGCGCCCCUCGCGCUGCGGGUGCUGCUGACGGCCGAGACCCUGAGCCUCACCUGCGGGAGCGGCCCCGAGCCCCGCCCGGGCGCCCUCAGGCUCCUGGUGGAUGACGGCUCCGUGUUCCUGAGCGAGCGCUGCGGGGGGGCGGCGCUGGACCUGCAGAGGGAUUUCGUGUCCGUGCUGGACGUGGAUUUCCUGGAGCUGCUCCUGAGCACCGGCCGGGGGGGGGACGGCGAGGGGGGCGCGGCCCCCCCCGAGGAGCUGCUGGUGGCCCCCGCCCGCCUGCGCGGCCGCACCUGCGCCGACAGCGCCGCCGCCCUCGCCCGCCUGCUGCAGCACCUGGGGACCCCCCCAAGGGCCCCCCCGGGACCCCCCCCCGGCGAAGGACCCGCCCCCCGCCCGGGGGCACCUGGGGAGAGACCCCCGGGACGGGCGGAGCCCCCCCCGGGGGGAGAGCAGGUGGGGCUGGGGGGGCCGCCCCCCGCCCCCAUCAACCAGCAGGACCUGACAGACGCCCUGAGGGACCCCCCCGGGGACCCCCCCGGGGACCCCCGGACCCCCGCCCAGGCCCCCGCCCCCCCCCGGCCCCCCCCCGUGUCCCUGUACCUGUUCCCGGGGGAGGGGGGGGGCUCCGCCCGGGCCCCCCCCGCGGCCCCCGAGCCCCCCCGGGGGGGCGGCGCCGACCCCGACCCCGACCCCGACCCCGAGGGGUUCUGCGUCCUCGAGGCCCCUGAGACCCCCGAGACCGCCGCCCCCCGGCUGCGCUGGCUCGCCCCCGGGCCCCUGCGGCUCCGGCCCGGCCACUUCGGGGUCCCGCGGGGGGGAGCGGGACCCGGCUGCGCCCCCCCCCCGGGGCUGCCCCCGCCCCGCGCCCGCCUCGUCCUGCGCGACCUCAGCCUCACCUGGGCGCUCUACGGGGGGGCGGGACUUCGGCCCCGCCCAGCGCAGGUGGGACACGCCCGUGGGCGGGGCCGGGGACACGCCCCAGGCUGGGACACGCCUGUGGGUGGAGCUCAUGGGGACACGCCCCCAGGGCGUGGCUGGGGAACACACCCAUGGGUGGGGCUCAUGGGGACAUGCCCCAGGGUGGGACACGCCCAUGGGGCUGGGUGUGGCCAUUUAUUGGGACACACCCCCAAGCAGGGAGGGGCCCAGGUGGGCGUGGCCGUGGAAUGGACACACCCCAGGCCACAGGGGUGGGGCUGGUGGGUGUGUGCAGUGGGCGUGGCCGGGAGGAACAGUGGGUGUGUCCGCACUGACCCCGCCUCUGCAGGCCCCGCCCCCGCACCGCAGGCCCCGCCCCCCCCGCGGUGGCGCUGCCGGGGGGGCCCCGGGAGGGUCCCAGAGCAGCUGAUGGAGCUGCACCUGGGCAAGGUGUGCUUCCAGCACGAGACGUACGCGGCCGAGCCCGGGGGGGCGGCGGGGGGGGGCGCGGGGGGGCGCGCUGGCCCGGGGGAGGCGCCCACCUCCCGCCUGGUGCUGCUGGUGCCCGAGCUGGAGCUGCGCGACCGCCUGGGGGGGGGGCGGCGCGCCCCCCUUCCUCUGCCGCCACCCCCCGGGCCGGGCCGCCCCCCGCAGCCCCCCACGCUCUGGGUCAAGGCCCUGCGGGUGCUGCCCCAGCCGCCCCCCCCUGGGGGGGUCCCCGAGUGCUGCCUCAGGGUCACCCUGACCCCGCUGCGCCUGCACGUGGACCAGGACGCGCUGAUUUUCCUCAGGGAUUUCGCCGGCGCCUUCCUCGCCCACCUGAGCCCCCCCCCGGGCCCCCCCCCGGGACCCCCGCCCGCCCCCCCCGGGCUCGGGGACCCCCCCCAGUCGGAGCCGCCCCGGACAAGGACCCCGAAACGGAGACGCCCCCGAUCUACUUCCGCGAGUUCCGCUUCACGGCCGAUGUCCCCGUCUGGCUGGAUUACCGCGGCAAGCGCGUCACCAUGGAGCAGGCUGCGGGGGCUGGGCCGGGUCGUGUCCUACCGGUGCCGAGUGGCUCCGGGACAUCCGGUGUCACCAAACUGCCGGGGCUGCUGGGGGGGGUGGCACCCGUGCACGCGGUGCUGCGGCUCUGGCGCGCUCUCCGGGACCUGCUGCUGCUGCCGCUGCUGGGGGGGGGGUCCCGGGGGGGUGGCCCGGGGGGGUGACCCGCGGUGUCACCGCGCUCGGGGCCGCCUCGGCCAGCGCCGCGCUGGGGCUGGGGACGAGGCUGCUGCGGGGGCUGCAGGCUCUGGCCGAGGCCUUUAUGGACUCGUGGCCCCCCCGGGCCCCCCCCGGCUCCUCGCGGCCCCCCCGGAGCCCCGGGGCCAGCGGCACCAGCGCCUCCCAGUACGGACCAGUAGGGACCAGUACGGGCAGCGGCGGGGGGACUCCCAGCUGGGGUCGGGGGGUCCCAGUCGCCCCCCGGCUCGAGGAGCGGCCCCGCCCCCACCGAGGGACUGGGGGGGCCCGACCCCCGCCGCGACCCCACCCCAAUAA